AUGGAGUCCAAGGGCGAGAUGCACGAGGCCGACCGCGUCGACAGCAAGAACGAGGCCGGCCAUGUCGAGCUCAACGCCAAGGUCCUGGCCAACGCGGACCUCAUGAACGAUGCCGUCGAUGGCGAGAACCGCGAGCACGAGCAGGGCCUCUGGGAGGCGGCCAAGGAGCAUCCCUGGGCCUGCCUGUGGGCAUUCAUCAUGUGCUUCACCAUUGUCAUGGAAUCGUUCGACAUGUUCUUGAACGGCAACUUUGUCGCGCAGGCUGCCUUCCAGAAGCGAUACGGCGUUCUUGUCGCCGAGGGCUACACCAUCGAGACGAAAUGGCAGAGCGCUCUCUUCCAGUCUGGUCAAUGCGGUGCCUUCCUCGGUGUCUUCAUGGCCGGACCCGUCACCAACCGCUUCGGUUACCGCUGGACCACCAUCAUGGCCCUGGUCCUGAUGAAUGCCACCAUCUUCAUCUCCUUUUUUGCCCAAUCUCUCGCCGUCCUCGUCGUCGGACAGCUGUUCGAGGGCAUUCCCUGGGGUUUCUUCAUUGCCAACUCCCCCGCCUACGCCAGUGAGAUCGUCCCGCUCGCCCUCCGAGGUGCUUGCACGGCCACGCUGCAGAUGAGUUGGUCCAUCGGCGGAAUCAUUGUCGCCGCCGCGACUCUCGGCUACAAUUCGCGGACCGACGAGUGGGCUUGGCGAGCGCCCCUUGCUCUCCAGUGGCUUUUCCCCACCCCGCUGUUGGUCCUCAUCUGGUUCGCGCCCGAGUCGCCAUGGUGGUUGAUUAGGCGUGGACGAAAGGAGGAGGCCCAGCGUUCCAUCGAGCGCCUCGGCUCCAAGUCGCCCGAGCACACCCAGCAGACGCUGGCCAUGAUGGAGCGUACCGUGGAGAUUGAGGCUCAGCAGGGUGGCAACCCCACGCUCAUGGAUCUCCUCAAGGGCACCGACUUGAGGCGAACCAUCAUCACUUGCUUGAUGUACGCGUCGCAGAACUUUGCCGGAAACCUGAUUGCCAACCAGGCGACUUUCUUCUUUGAGCAGGCCGGCAUCUCGUCUGACCGUGCUUUUGAGCUCAACCUGAUCAACUCGUGCCUCCAGUUCAUCGCCAACGCGCUGUCGUGGCCGCUCACGGCGUGGUUCCGUCGCCGAACCAUCUACCUCUACGGCACCGCCGUCAACGUCACCCUGCUCUUCAUCCUCGGCAUCGUCGCCUCCGUUCCCCAGACCUCCGGCACCAACUACGCGCAGGCCGUGCUGGGCAUCGUCAUCUCCUUCGUCUACGCCGGCGCGCUCGGGCCCAUCUCCUACACCAUCAUCGCCGAGACGUCCACGGUCCGUCUCCGCGCGCUGAGCACCGGUGUCGGACGCGCCGCCUACUACGUUGCGGAAAUUCCCAUGAUCUACCUGGCGUCGCAGCUGCUCAACCCCACGGGAUGGAACCUCGCCGGCAAGUGCGGCUACGUCUGGGGAGGCACCGCCGUCGUGUGCUGGAUCAUGGCCUACUUCUUCCUUCCUGAGCUCAAGCACCGCUCGUACCGCGAGGCCGACAUCCUCUUCAACCGCAAGGUUCCUGCCCGCAAGUUCAAGUCGACCAUCAUCGACGUCAAGGACAACGAGUAA